UGCGUGUGUGUGCCUGUGUGUGUGUGUGGUGUGUGUGUGAGUGUGUGUGUGCGUGUACGUGCAUAGGCUCAGCUCAGAGCUCAGGCCUCACCUCCACGGCACACGUCCUACCCCAAGAGAGGUGUCCAUUGAACACACCAGGAAACUGAGGCCCAGGCAGAGCCUCUGCCUGGCUGCACAUCAGUAAAGAUGACACCUGCAUCCUGGGACUGUGGCACAGACAGGAAGUGGCCCCGCAGAAGGGAAGGAGCAGCAGGUGGUGAGCCCUGAGGGGCUGUGGGGCCGUGGGGGGUCCACACCAGGGGCCUGGGGUGUGGACAGCGGUCAGAGUCGCCUCUGGGCACAGCUGGGGCCAGCACUCUGACAGGCAGGUGUCAGCAGAAAGCACUAGGGGAUGCAAACUCAUUGUAAGGGAGGGAAACUGAGGCUGUGUAGGGUGCUGGUGGGGGUGGAGGCCUGAGGGCCCAGGCUGCCCUGAGGCCUGGCAGGGAGGCUUUCCAGAUGAGCUGAGAGGAGGAGGAGGGGCCUGCUGCUCAGAGCCCAGCCCCACAUUCCUGGAAGCUGGAAUGCAGCCACCAAUGCUGCGGGCCCCAAGGACCAGGGGAGCAGCGCCCCAGAGUGCACAUGUGACAAGGACGGGGCCCCCACUGCAGACAGAACACUGCUGCCCCCCCAAAGCAGGGACAUGGCUCAGGAAGGCAGAGCUGCCCUAACCCCAGGACUCGGGGCUGGAGGGUUCUAAGCUCCUCAAGCCUUCUGGGGUCAGGGUGGGAGCCUGGAGAAUUCUAGAAUGCUAACCCAGGUAUGGCUGUGCCUGGUGUCCCAGCAGGGGCUGGAGGCACGGAUCUCAUGGACGAGUUUCAGUGUAGCCCCGUCUAUGCAGCCAGAGUCUUGGUCAGAGAUGACAGACAGACAAAAACACUUUCAAUCCCUGGACCUCCCAGGCCCAGAGCUCCCUGCCCUGAGGCUGUAGACAAGGCACAGGUCUCCCUGGGACCACACAGCCCUGGCUGCUGGCUACUGUGGACUGCCAGGCCCUGCCUCUGGUCUGGCCUGGGCAACUUGAGCCUGCCAUUAUCACCUGAACCCCAGGGGAGGCGGUGAGGGAGGAGGGAGACUGGAAACCGCCAUGCAGCCCUGGUGCAGGACCCCAGCUGGGCAAAGGGCCACAGCGGCUGUGAGGGACCCAGUGUUGAGGCUGGGCCAAGGGGAAGGGGGCGUACCCCCAUUGCAAAUCCGCCUGGGGGGCGUGCUGGGGUCCCAGGAACCUAGCACAGAAACUCAAACAUGUGCACAGCGCCUCUGAGCAGGGUGACGUCAUCAAGGGGGCGCCUCAAGACCGCCCCAUCCCUCUGAGGCUCAGUUUCUCCUCUGGAUGGUGCCAACAGUUGGUGGCCCCAGGCUGAGGUGGGAGUGAGGCAGGAAAGCUGCUUGUAGUGGCCUGGAGCCUUCUGAGCUGCGUAAACCUACUGUGUGCCAGGAAUGGACAGAAUAGAUCAUUGUUGUCCGCAUCAGCUGACUUUACAGGACGGGAAGCUGAGCUGAGGGGACAAGAGCAGGGGUGCAUCCUGAACCCUGAACGGCCAAAGCUACUCAGGAGGCUGAGUCGGGAGGAUUUAGAUUUCCAGGCUGCUCUGGACCACUUCACGGGUCAGAAGACAUCAGACGGCGAGAGCUGCAGCCAGCUGGCCACCUGCGCCCAAUGGGGUGGUGACCCCCUCGUAGCACCAGGCUUGGGCGCCAUGUGGCCCAACGGCAGCUCCCCCGGGCCCUGCUUGCGGCCCAUGAACAUCACACUGCAGGAGAGGAGUAUGAUCGCGUCGCCGUGGUUCGCCGCGUCCUUCUGCAUACUGGGCCUGGGGUCCAACCUGCUGGCCCUGAGCGCGCUGGCGCGGGCCCCGUCGCCCCGCUCGUCCUUCCUCACCCUGCUGUGUGGCCUGGUGCUCACCGACUUCCUGGGGCUGCUGGUCACCGGGGCCAUCGUGGUGGCGCAGCACGCGGCGCUCUUCGCGUGGCAGGCGGCCGACCCCCGCUGCCGCCUCUGCCACUUCAUGGGGGCGGCCAUGGUGUUCUUCGGGCUCUGCCCCCUGCUCCUGGGCGCCGCCAUGGCCUCGGAGCGCUACGUGGGCAUCACGCGGCCCUUCUGGCGCCCGGCGGCCACGUGGCGCCGCGCCUGGGCCACCGUGGCGCUGCUGUGGCUGGCGGCCCUGGCGCUGGGGCUGCUGCCGCUGCUGGGGCUCGGCCGCUACACCGUGCAGUACCCGGGCUCCUGGUGCUUCCUGACGCUCGGGCCGCGGCGCGGCGACGUGGCCUUCGGCCUGCUGUUCGCGCUCCUGGGCGGCGCGUCCGUCGGUCUGUCCCUCCUGCUCAACACCGUGAGCGUCGUCACCCUCUGCCGCGUCUACCACGACCGCGAGGCCGCGCGCCAGCGCCCGCGGGACUGCGAGGUGGAGAUGAUGGUACAGCUGGUAGGCAUCAUGGUGGUGGCCACCGCGUGCUGGAUGCCCCUGCUGGUCUUCAUUGCACAAACCGUGCUGCGGGCGCCCCCGGUCAUGAGCCCCUCUGGGCAGCUGUUGCGGGCUACGGAGCACCAGCUGCUCAUUUACCUGCGCGUAGCCACGUGGAACCAGAUCUUGGACCCCUGGGUCUACAUCCUCUUCCGCCGGUCGGUGCUGCGGCGCCUGCACCCGCAGCUCAGCUCGCGGUUCCGGGCUCUGUCCUUGCGCCAGCCCCCAGCCCAAGCCACACCCAGUGGUCCCUGAAGAACAGCGUCGCCCAACCCCCAGGUCCUCAGGGACUGCGGCAGGCCUGCACCCCAUCCUAGGUGCCCAGUGCUUGGCAGAGGAGGGGAGCCCCUGACACGGGGCUGACUCUGGUGAGCUCUAAGAUGCCUCCUCGAUGCUAAGGAUGUCCUGCCUGACUCUCCAGAGUCCCCCCAGCCCAGGCAGGGUGCUUGGGUCACAUGGGGGAGCUGUGGGAACCAGCUGAGACCCAGAGCCUGAGACACCAGGGUUUGAGACACCGGCUUCAGGUUCCUCUGGGCUCCAGGGUCAUCAGCCUUGGCAUCCAUACCCACAGUCAGGUCUGGAGUCACCAACCUCUCCAGUGUUUACUGAGCCCCUCCCCCACGGCUGCAACACCCUUGCUCAAUAAAUGGUUCAAUGGCCCAGUAA